AUGAGUAAUGUCUCUGCAUCUUCGACUGGAACCUCUACUCGCACAAGAGUCAGAGUUACAGGAAUUCCAAAGUUGUGUUGGUGUGGUGAGAACAUCGUUGAAAAAACAUCUAGGACGAAUGGGAAUCCUUUUCGACGCUACUUUCAGUGUGCCUAUGCUGCAACAAAGAAGCUUGAGAAUGACGACCAUGUGUUUAAGUGGGUAGAUGAGGCGAUGAUAAACGAGAUUGAACAAUUGGAUUUUCAAGUGGGUGUUCUUGAAGAAGAAGUUAGAUUGUUGAAGAUGGAAAGGAACGGGAGCCUCGAGAGGAAGGAAAUUAACAAAACGAUGGGUAUGGUACUAGUUUUAUCUGGUUGUAUUAUCACGGUCGUGAUUGGGAAAUGGUGGGGUUGCUAUUAA